AUGUUUUCUUUAGUGAAACAGCCUGCGGCUGCUUUGCCAGAGCAGGCCGGCGAAGUCGAAGAUAUCAUCGACAAUGCUGUCCGUGCAGGGGCUCGCGCGACUCACUUUUGGGCCACGGUUUUGUCAUUUCCAGAGUUGGUUCCUGACCUUGCGUCCUGGUUGAAAGAGCAAGCGCGCACACGCAGUCGUCUGUCGGAGUUGAUCCAACAGCACGCAUGCGAAUAUGGCAAGAUCGCUACCCCUGUCAAGCGGCAUCGGUUGUCAAGACCUCGCAAACAAUGUUCUUGGUCCGUUCGCGAGAGUGCAUAUGAUUUGCAGUGGCUUGCGCCAGCUUGGCAGGCGAUCGCUGUUUUUCUGCCUCUACGACAGCGGGUGGGAAUAAGGACUUGGUCUCGCGCAGCCAAAGCUUUGAAAUUCAGCAGCGAGGCUUGGGACCCACUGAUUUUGGAUCAGGCAAUGUGCGCACAAUUUUUACGGCGCACCGAGUACGAAAGCCACGGUGACAUUCGGCGUUCAUUCCCACCAGGGUUCUUUAACGUGCGUAUUGUGAGUGUGGAUCUGAUGAUUCCCGAUCAAAUGUGUUCGCAGUCAGAGUCCUCGGAUUCAGAGGGUUCGCGUGAUGCGCGCAUCAUGAGCAGCAUUAUCUGCCCUUUGACGACUGCGCUGCAGGUCGUGAUGGAGUGCUUCAAGUCCCUGCAGCAACUCACGAUCACAAACAUUAAAGCUGAUGAGAUUGACAGUUCCGUGUUCUUUGACCGACGCUUUCACACGCGAUUCCGACGGCAAGAAAUGAUUCUCGACAGCGGGACAGGGGAGCCUCUGGGCCGAUAUUGGGCUUCCAACGUGGCGGACCCAGUGGUAGUGGACGUCGAGGCUGCAGCGCGCAUGAAUCACGAAAGAUCGCCGCCGUGGGCCGCCACUGGCCAAGCGGUACGGGCGGCGGCACCCCAGCUCUCGCGAGCGGAGGCGCUUCUCCUCGUGGAGUUCCCCUUCCUGCACAAGCCAGUGGGUGAGGACAGCUACUCCACGCUUACCCCCCGUGGCCCGCAAACCACUUCUUGGGCAACCACUUCUUCAGCGGCGAGAAGGCUCGCAGGGCGUAUCGGAGGCGGCUGGAGUGGAUCGAUCAAGGCUGCCCUCCGCCCAGGAAGCGCGGCGGCGGUGGCGAGAGCGUGA